AGGGCGAGAGACACACAUACACACACAGAGAUAGAGAAAGAGAGAGAGCGAGAGAGUUAGAGGGAGGGAGAGGGAGAGAGAGAGAGAGAGUCAGUCCACGAACAGCUCAACUUUUGAAUGUGUGCGAGCCGAGCUGAGUCGAGCCGGGUCAGCGUUGAAGCUCCGGACCGGGCGCCCUGUGUUUGCUCCCCCGCCCUGUGCACCUCCUGCUCGGCGUAGCUCUCACCAGCGGCUCGCUGCCUUCUCACCGGUUCGGCAGCAGCUAAUGUGUUUUCAGCUCAGAAAGCGGCGGUGAGUCCUGCGUGUGUCCCGCUCUCCUGCUGCUCUAACCCGGCCUUGACUGUGUGAUAGAGUGAGUGACUGCAUGGACCGGACUGAACAUGAAGAGCCUUAAAGCCAAGUUUAGGAAAACUGAUGUCAAUGAGUGGAACAAGAAUGACGAGCGCCUGCUUGCUGCGGUGGAGCACGGCGAGGCGGAGAAGGUCGCGUCACUUCUCGCCAAGAAAGGUGUCAGUGCUGUGAAGCUGGACACUGAGGGCAGAUCAGCUCUUCAUGCGGCAGCUGCUCGAGGUCAGACGGACUGUCUCUCGGUCAUCCUGUCUCAUGGAGCUGAUCUGUCACUCACUGAUGCUGCAGGUUUGAAUCCAUUGCACCUGGCUGCCAAAAACAAUCACACUGAGUGCUGUAAAAAGCUCAUUCAGAGUAAAUGUCCAAUCGAUGCUGUGGACAGUUCAGGAAAGACGGCGCUGCAUCACGCUGCUGCCAGUGGGAACAUCCAGACCGUCCAACUGCUGUGUGAACUCAAAUGUCCCAUCAACCUGAAAGAUGCAGAUGGAUGCACCUCCUUGCUGUUGGCGGCUAAACAUGCUCCUGCUGAGGUUUGCUGCACUUUGCUGGACUGCGGAGCUGAAAUCAACGUUUCUGACAACAGCGGCAGGACAGCGUUGAUGUUGGCCAGUGAGUCCAACACAGCGUCUGUUGUUGAAGUGUUGGUUCACCGAGGAGCAAAUCUGUCAGCAGUCGAUUCACAAGGCCAUGAUGUCACACACUACGCCAAACUGUCGGGCAACUCAGAGGUGAAAACUGCCCUCAGUGCCGCCCUAAGCAGACAGCAGGUCUCAGACGCAAAGUCUCCUAGAAGUCCUCAGCAUGAUCAAGUAGCUAAACUAUGUGAUGAACGGAUCACAACUCCCAAAAAACGAAAAGCACCUCCUCCACCUCCUAUUAGCCCACUGCAGAGCUCAGGACCCUCCUCUCCUUCAAUCGUUACCUCCACUGGGACUGUUGGUUCUGACAAAAGUGACACGCCCAAGACAUUCAGCUACAAGGAGGAUGAGAUUCGAGGAACGGCGCUGAGAGAGCAGGUUGAGAAGCUCCACGAGGAGAGAAACAUGUUGCUGGACACAAUUGAAGAUCUGAAGCAGGCAGUGACGGGUCCUGAGCUGGAUACUAAGGGCGAGCACAGUGUUACAGCAUCUGCAGCUCUGGUUUCUGUUCUGCAAGCCAAGAUUACUGCUCUUACUCUGGAGAACCAGACACUUGCAAGUAAACUUAAGAAACAUCCGUCUAUCCCAGGAAACGAGGACCUGAAGGAGAGCAGUCGUCCCAACAGCAUGGCCUCGAACUCCUCCUUCCACUCCACCCAGGAUGAGUUUGAAUCACCACCACAAGAGGAAGAGGAGAGUGAGGGAGGAAGAGGAGGAAGUAAAGAGGAGAUCAGACUGCUGAGACAGGCGCUGGAGAGCGUCCAGGUGAAACUGCUCGAAACCAGGAAGGAAAACCGCUCACUUCACGCUCAGCUGAAGCCCGAGAGAGAGGAAGAACAAGAAGAGGAUGAAAUAGUGAGGGAGAAGGGACAGGAGGAAGAGUUGAUGGAGAGUCUGGCAGAGCUGCAGGCGAAGCUGACGGACACUCAGGAGAGAUACCACCAAGCUGUGGAGGAGGUGGAGGAGCUGAGGGCUCGCAUGGGAAAAGAAGGAGGGGAGAUGACAGAGAAAGAAGGAGCGCAGAGACAUUCAUCGUCCACACUCGAUCAGCUGAAGGCCCAGCUGAUCCAGUCAGGAUGUGAGCAAGAGAAGGCGGCUCAGCGAAUCAGAGAGCUGGAAGAGGAGCUGAGGAGGUCAGAGGAAGAAAGACGGAGCGGGAAGGAGAAAGUACAGAGGAGUGCAAAGAUUGAGGAGCUGUACAAGGAGGCACAGAAGGAGAUUAGGAUGCUCCAGGAGGCUUUGAGGGGCACGGUCCCUGUUGAAGCUGCAGCCAAAGACUUUGAAGAAAUGAAGGCUGAGAUGAACGAGGUGACAGCCGGGCUGCAGCGUCGCUUGCUGGAACUCUCGCACUCCUACAGUGAAACCAAGAGUAAACUGAGUGCCGCUCAGAAGCAGGCGGCGGAGGCCCGAGCUGAGAGCAGCGCUCCAUCGUCUCCCACUGUGGAAGAACAGCAGCAGCAGGUCCAGGCGCUCAGCAGCAGGGUGGAGGAGCUGCAGACUCUGUUAGCCGACGCAGAGAAGAAGCACGCGGCCGCUCAGGAGGAGAUUUCAGCGAUGAAGCAGGAGGCAGAAGCUCAGGCGCAGAACACCGUGGCCCUCGCCGAUCACACACAGGUGAUGUCAUCUCUGGGAAACGCCAUCAAAGAGCUGGAGAGCCAAUCAGAAGCCCUGAAGGAGCAGCUGCACCAGAAGAGCUUGCAGGUGGAGGUGCUUCAGAACAAACUGACGGCAGAAAAAGAUGUCACCCCAGAGGUGUCAGUGUCCCGUCUGGACCACGACACCAUGCGAGAUAAGCUGGAGGGCGAGGUGACCCACUUCACCCAGCUCCUCCAGGGGGCGCUCAGGAAGCAGGAUGAGAUGGCUCUGGAGGCUGCUGAUGCAUGGCAGAAGGCGCGGGAGAGUCGUGCAGAGUGGGAAGCCCUGCAGGAGCUGGUGAUGUCCAGGGAGAAGGAGAACCAGACGCUGUCGUCACGGCUGGCCGAGUCCCAGGAUGCCGUGUGUCAGCUCAAACAGCUGGUGGAGAACCACGUCGCCUCUGAGAGAGAGAAAAACAAGAGGAUAGAUGAUCUGUCACGGGAGGUGGGGAAGCUAAAAGACGCCUUAAACAGCCUGUCACAGCUCUCCUACAGCUCCGGCUCUCCCUCCAAGAGGCUGCAGCAGAACCAGCAGCAGCUGGAGACAAUGCAGCAACAAAUCAAACAGCUGCAGUACCAGCUCGCUGAGUCGAAGAAGCAGCACAAUGAGACAGUGUCAGUCUAUAGGAUGCAUCUCCUCUACGCUGUCCAGGGUCAGAUGGACGAGGACGUCCAGAAAGCCUUGAAGCAGAUUCUGAUGAUGUGCAAGAUGCCAAGUCAAACCAAGGAGACGUGCUGAGACUCACGGAGCCUCUGCUCGCUCCAGAACAAUGAGACUGACGUCAAAGUGAACUGCUGCUCUCAGAUGCAUCUGUCACCACAGCCUCUUCCUCACGUCCGAAUCCACUCGCUGCUCGUGGCGAUCACAAACACGGCCAACGCACGGUGCCUCUGAGUCAACCUUCAGUAUUUCUAAAUGUUUACAGUCAUUCGUUCAUUGCCUUUUUGACCCUUUUGUUUCUUAAAGUCAUCAAUCUCAUGGUGGAAGAUGUUUUGGGGGAAACUCCAGUGCAGCAUACAGAUACUGUACAUCAGCCAACUGACCAUUCAAAUGAAUGGCUACCAGCCAAAUGUAUAUUGUAUGUGCAUGUAAACACUACACUGAAAAUGUGCAGCAACCUUAACUCAACAUGCAGUUGCACAAGUGCCAUAACGCAAACAUCUGUACACGUGCACAAUUACAGCAGAUGUGCCUGAUGGGGUUUGCUCCUGUUACAACGUUCACUUAGAGGAAAGAAAAGACUCUGCUGACGCUGCCGUUUAUUUAGUAUCUAUUUUAUGAUACAACAGUGUUAGUUUUAAUGUUUCAUGUGUUGUCCACAUUUUACAUCUAAAUUAUUUGUUCCCUGAUAACAAUGCAUGUGACUUUGCUUCAGCCCAAAUCACAGAUGUUUUUUUUUUUGACCGCACUUCUUUGAAGAAAAGCAUGAAACUGUUUGUAUUACUAUUUUUCCUAUUAGCACAAAAAAUGUAUAAACAUGUAUUUUACUGAAUUGGAUUUGUUUUUGUCAUGUUUUCUAUGUUACUGUACUGGAAAUGAAGAGGUUUGAUUGCUGUAAUUGAAUGGCCUUGUUUUGUGUCUGUGUGAAUGAGAAGCUUUUUUUCCUCCGCACUAUUUGAUCUAGUGACACUUAAAUUAGUUUAUUUUCCUGUUAGUAUUCAUAUCUAACACAUAAAGACAAUUGUUUACUGUAAUCAACAACAAAAACACCAAACAGUUUGAUAGUUAGGAGGCAAGUUCUUACGUUUCCUCUUCUCUCUUCUACUCUGUUUUCUUUCAUCUUGUGUCACAUGCCUGCACUUACUAAUCACACAGUUUUUUUGCAGCUCUAAAGUCCUUAUAGAGAACAUUUCACCGUUAAUAUCAUUAACUCAGUUAAUACAGAUGCUAAUUUCACUGUGCUUCCCCAUCAUAUUACUUCAAAGUCUUUUUGUUUGUGAUUUCCUUGCGGGUACGAAUGUUUUUCCAGUGUCUGAGAAUAUGUCAUUUCUUUAUUCAGGUUUUAUGAAUGGUUUUCACAUCACUCCUUUGCCUUAGUACUGUACUUACAUCCUCAGCUGCCACCUACACUUCAAACACAACCAAUAACACUGUGUAACUCGACGUGAGGUGAAGCUUGGAUGUGACUGAUGCUCCGGCCCUCACGUCUCACCCAGGAUCUGUUUUUUACUGAACAUGAUUCACACCAGACUGAGGUUCUAAGAUUUGUAGAGUAAAGCCUUUGCAUGUCUUUAUUUCAUCGCUUGUAAGAUGUCAAACAACUUCCUCUCUCUCUCUCUUUCUCAAGGCCUUGACUGAACUGUUUUGUACAAAGAAAGGGAAAAGAAAGAACAACUCAAACUUUAACGGUUUUGUAGUGACGUGAAAAAAUAAGGUUUUUGCCGAUUGCUUUUUUGGUCCACAUGAAUAAAUUUCCAAGAUAAUGCACCAUG